AUAUCCAGUCAAAUUUUCGCGUAUAAAAGCGAGCGUUUCGGGCUGGGAAAGUUAUAGUUUGAUUGAUUAUCCCACAACCAACAAAACUAAGCAUUCACCAUGAAGUACCUGUUCGUCUGCAUCAGCCUGGCCCUCUUCGCCUACAUCAACGCCAAUCCCGUGUACGGUGGUGGAAACCGUGGUGGAUAUGGCGGCGGCUACGACGGCGAUCGUGUGGCUUAUGAGCAGAUCCUGGUGCCCUCUUAUGGUCGUAGCCGUGGCGGAUAUGGCGGCGGCUAUGAGCGUCCCCGUCCCCAGAUCCUGCGAUCGGCUCCCUCUGGUUCCAGCGCUGCGGCUGCUGCCUCCUCGGCCGCUGCUGUCAUCGCACCUGGCAGCUACAGCCAGUAUGUCGUGCCCAGUUACGAGAUCGAUGGCGGAUACAACGGUCCCAGCCGCGGACAUGGUGGCUAUGGACAUGGCGGACGCGGCGGCUACUAAUUUCCUAAUUUCCGAAACGAAACGAAACG